GCAAGUGUAUUUUGGAAACAAUGCGGCGCGGCGGCGCCUGAGGCUGCAGCUUGGGGACUCCUCGCUCUGCCGGGGCUCGGCGCCCGCGUCGCCCCACCUCCGUCCGCCCGGCGGCGCCCUGCCCUGCCUUGCCUUACCUCGCCUCCUCUGCCGCAGGAGCAAUGGAUCCCCCCAGCUACCUGGAAGAGGACUAUUCUAGCCUGGAUGGGCUGGACGAUGACGUGUUUCACUCUGACUUUGGACUCACAGGUCAGCCUGGUGAGAUGACCCCUCCUGGCAUUUUCACACAGAACCAAUCCUACAGCUGUCUCCUGGGGAGGUUUCAACUGUUCCCACUCACACACUGCUGUGGUCCAGGUAUCAGGCAUGCUGAGCAGCAGGACAAGGCAACCCAAACACUCAGUCCAUCCUCUUCCACUCAGGAUGUCAUGUUGCCAUGUGGAGUCACUGAAGAGCCCCAGAGACUCUUCUAUGGGAAUGCUGGGUACCGUUUACAUGUCCCCCCAGUUGGCUUUGCAUUGAAUCCACACCUCCAAGAGGAGCCUCGGGAAGGUCAACGGGAAGCACGUACUGAGGUUCAGAUUGCACGGAAGUUACAGUGCAUUGCAGACCAGUUCCACAGGCUCCACAUACAGAGGCAUCAGCAGAACAGAAAUCAAGUGUGGUGGCAGAUCCUUCUCUUCCUACAUAACUUGGCCUUAAAUGUGGAGGCAAACAGGAACCACGUAGGUCAGAGGUGAGACUCCUCCACCUGUUCCAGGUCACAUCCAGUCUGCAGGGAGCACUGAACAAACACUGUUCUGGGGGAGAGAGACAUGCACAACGCCGGCCGAUGUGAGGACUCUGUCAAACUUUUACUCAUCUUCUCAAACUUCCCCCUCCCCCCACCCCCCAAGGACUCUUCUUUACUGCUUCUUGCCUAAUGAGGUUGGGAGCUCUUGUCCAACACUGUUGAAGGAAAGUCUUAGAAUUUUGAUGUGUUUGGUAAAGCUUGCUGUUGAUUCUCCAAAUCAGUAACCUCUAUGCAAGUGAGGCAGAUAGUAGAUGAACAGGUUCCUCUGCUCUGUGUUGUUGGGGUUUUUUUUGUUUUUGUUUUUUAAUUGAUAGAAUGCAGCGUUUUGUAAUUUUGGCUGCUGGUUAAUGAUGGUGUCUGGGACUGAUGGCUCUAAAUGUUCUUUGGGCUACUUCCAGAUUAGAGACACUUGACUCCUCAAUGGGAUAACUUUUGAAAAAAGUUCUUUUUAGAAACAAUUACACUUAAGUAGCUUAUGUACAGCAGCAGGUGGGUCACUGUUUAUUUCCCUGAAUUUUAUUACUAGGGAGACUUGUAAAAAUCUAGUUUUGUUUAAUGACUUAAUUGGCCCAAGUUGGACAUUCUUCACAUGAAGUCGCUCUUUGUCAUUGCCAUUAAUAGAUGGAAUUGUUUCUGUUAGAUUCUGAAGACUCUUCUUCUUUCAGAAGAUGUUGGUGACUCUUCAGUAUCUUUGUGCAAAGGGCUGUUUGGUCCUGUAUAUUAUAUACUGUCCCCAUAAACCAGGAUAGAGCUGUUAAAGAUGGAAUAUAAUCUAAGCAUCAUUCUUCUGGAAUUGUUAAUCUGUAUAUUUUUGUUAGUGCUCUGGUGGAUUUCCCCCCUUCCCCCCCCCCCAUCAUGUGCGUUGUUAAGAAGAUUCAGAUCCCAAACAUCUGAUAUGUUUGCUUCAUGAUUUGACUAGGAGAUUAGUUAGUAAUUACUUUGAACCCCUACACUGCAGGUUUGUACAAGUCUAUUAUUCUAAUGAGUAAUACUGGAAGUGAUAUUGGUGUACACUGACAACAGAAAUACUACUUGAAGUAAUAGCUCAUUGUCAUUGACUUGUGACUGUUCUGGUGUUUUUUAAAUCUGUUUGGCUGCCACUUUUGGAACAAGGAUCGGGAACUACCUACCCCAAAAAUUUGGGUUUCGUUUGUUUAUGAAGUGUGAAAUACUAAGGGAAAAGAAUAUAGCCUCUACAGAUUGUUUCCAUACUUGCCCAGAGCUAAUUCUAAAUCACAAAUUAUAAAACUAACACUAGGAAAAAUCUUUCUGGACAGUUGCCCUUCAGUCCUGCUACAGCUGUCAACACAGAGGGGUUCUGGAGCUCCUGGUCUGCUUUGAAGCCUAAUAACAGUAAAGAAUCACUGUAUUGGAAGAGGAGUUUUCUUGCACGUUCUCCUUCCCCUCCACUUCCCCCCUUUUCUUGUCCUUCUAUAAGUCUGUUUCCAUCUCUGAUAUUUGUAAUGACCCAGUUCCUAUGUACCCUCAGUAACCCCAUUAAAGUGCCUGGUAAUGAUUUGUAGCACACAUUUGUAUUUGGAUGCUUCCCCUCUCUUUCUCAAUCCCAUCUCUUGACUGGCAUUCUUCUUUUUCAUGGCAGGAGUUGUCUAGCCCCCUCCAAACCAGCUCCCAGGACCCUCUCAGUUUACACAGCUCUGCUGCGAUCUUUCAGUACAAAAGGGGUUCCUCAUGCAAACUGACUUUUUUUUUUUCCUCCCCCUAGCUAAAGCUACAUUAUGCAGAGUAAUGUGUUCCUCUGGGAUGGUCAGGAGUUCAGAACAAUGAUUCUUAAGUUAGCUUUGUUUCUUUUUAGUUAAGCACGUGCACUAUGGAGUUAUUCAGUGGGAUGUAAGUGGUACCUGUCAUUGAUUACUUUGCAGCGGUACUGGAAGCUGCUACUUAUUUACUGAAAUACCUUCCAUGGCUCUGCAAAACAGAGUCACUUGGGGUGUGUGGUGAUCGGAGAACAGGGGCUUGUAGGAAGCAGGCCUGAGAGGUGGGGUAAGCACAGACUGGAUUGAGGGGAGUGAGCCCUCGGAAUCUGGAGCUUGGGGAGA